UUUUGUUGUUGCGUUUCAAUGUGCAUGCGUUGCGCGUAAAAGUGGUCUGAACCAAUUUCGAAUAUAGCGGGACGUUUCUUUUUUUUUUUUUGUUUCUCUCGCGGGUGUUGCGCGUAAAUUAACUGUUGUUUUUUGAAAAAUAAAUAAAUUCUUUUUUAACUUGUGAAUGUGUAUAUUGUGAUAUUGUGAGUGCUUAUGUUUUAAUGUGGAGUUCAAUGAAGAUCCAAGUAAACGAGCUGAAACGCUAAAUUAUAGAAAAUGAUGCGUCUCUGCUAAGCGUGGACAACAACCAUUGCGUUUGGAAUUCAUUGUCAGUCUUCAGCAUGGCCAUCAAUCAGGGCAAAUAUAAACCAACGAUCUGUGCUAUCGAUGAGGUAGAUGAUCGCAGCUAUAAGCUUCACAAUAAUCAAGAUGACGACAUGUUGAGGAAUAAUAAACAACAACAACAACAGAAGCAACAACAACAAAUUGAGGGCAGUGAAACGGCACCAUUGACCACAAAUCAACAGAAGCUACAUAAGGACGAGACAGGUCUCAAUCGCAAAGAUUUGGAGGCUGGCAUUAGUAUGGGAACUGAUGGUGAAGGAGACGGAAGAGGUGGUGGUGGCGUCGGCGCCGGCGGUGGAGCAGCAGGUGGGGGUUUAAAGCAAACUUCAGCAAAUACACCAAACUCAACACAUCCAUCGGCCAAUGGACUGAGGGCCCUGCUGCUACCCGGACGUCGAUCAUUUGAUGCUCUGAUGAGCUUAUCGCGCAAGCGACGCAUCCUCUAUGUGACCACCGCCUGCCUGUGUGCCCUGCUCUUUGUCAUUAUCAUCAUGAUGCUGGCAUUUUGGCCAGAGGUUCCCUUCCAUAUGCGUGCUCCGCUCUGCCUAGAGCGUGAGUGUGUAGAGAGCUCACGUCAGCUCCUCUUGUGGGCCAAUACCACAAAGAGUCCCUGCCAUGAGACCUACGAUUGGGCUUGUGGCAAUUUCGCCAAAGAUUAUGGCCAGGGUGAUUAUUUUGUGAUCAAGCGUGGCGAAUGGAACUAUAAGACUUACAAUGAGUAUCAGGAACUCAAUGAACUGAAUCGUUUUAUUUCAAUGCUGCCAACAAAUGCCGCCGAGGGGUCCGUUGCCUAUUCAGUGGAAUCGACAAUUACUAGUCUAUAUCGUAGUUGUCGUGAAAUCGAUACCAUGGACAAAAGUCAAUCGGAAUUGCUGUUAAAACGAGCCAUUAAUUCUGUGGAUGGCUGGCAUGCUUUUAGCAAUAAUCGAUUACAACAUUGGGAAUAUAAACGGGCUCUGGUGCAUUUGCAGGCCAAAUAUGGCAUAUUUCCGUAUUAUCGUGUCAGUGUGGAGAACGGCUAUAACAGUCCGCACGAUUAUGUCAUUACCCUGGAUGAGGGGGAGAUUGGUAUGCCGGACAAGUAUUUCUAUAGCAGCGGCGCCGAUGAGGAAGUGGUGCGGGGCUAUAAACUUCUAUUGCGCGACUUUGCCAUCAAUAUGGGCAUUGUGUCACGUGAAGCGGAUCUCUUUGCUGAUGAUAUUUUCCACUAUGAGCGACGCAUUGUGACUCAUGUGGAGGGUGCCAAGGCCAGUGGAGAUCGUCAGCUGAAUAAACUAAUGCGUUUGGCCGAAUUGAAAAGUAUAGCGCCAUCGCUUCCCAUUAUUGAGUCGCUGCAGGCAAUAUUUCCCAAUACAAAAAUCACUGAAGACACCGAAGUUCUAGUGCGAGAUGUUGAGGUUUUCCAUGAAUUGUCCACUCUGCUUUCGACAUCUGAUAAGAAACCCAUUAAUAAUUUCAUCAUUUGGUCUCUGGUACGUCAAAUGCUGCCCCAUCUGUCGCGAGAAUAUCGAACUCUGGCCGAGCAUUUCGAUCAUGCGAUUUAUGGACGAACUGCGAGCUAUCCGCGCUGGUUAAUCUGCAGUAAAGUUGUCCGCGAUUGGCUACCCUUUGCUGUGGAUGCACUGCAACAGCAGCCGCCCAAGCAGCAGUUUGAGCUUAGAAAUGGAGGCGAAGGAGGAGGAGGAGGAGUAGUGGGGCUAAACAAAACACAGGGCAACGAAGAAUUUCUGCGCCUCAUGUUCUAUAGCCUGCGCAAUCAAUUGCAGGAUUCACUUGAGCAGGCCAGUUGGCUGGAGACUUCGGCCAAGCAGUUUCUCAAAAAGAAACUUAGCGAAAUGCGGCUACAAUAUGGCAUACCCAAUGAGAUAUUGUAUCAGCCCAAUUAUCUCAAGGACUACUACAAUGAACUCAUGCUGAACAAUUUGUAUUUUGUGGAGCAUUUGGAAUCGAUUUGGACAUUCCGCCGAUUGCGUAUGGAACAGAAGCUCAAACCCCUUGGCAUGGAGGAUGCCAUUGUUUCCGAAAUGUAUACAAGAAAUCAGCCGCAAGCCAUUGCGUACUCCAAUAAAUUGAAUAUGCUGCUCGUAUCCCCGAUAUUAGCUGGCUCCAAUUACUAUGACUAUCGAUAUCCAGUCGCCCUUAAUUUUGCUCGCAUUGGCUCGGACAUCUUGGAGACAUUGAUUGAGAAUUUCGCGACUUUCCUUCUUCAGUUCAAUGCCCAGAGUGCUGAUCUAAGCGAUGCAGUGCCAGAAAUAAGAUACGCUCAACCAGAUGUGAAUUGUUUGGCAGCCGGACAACCACCACACUUGUCCCAUGAACUGGCCGAAUUGUCGCCAAGUGCUUUAAAGAGUUUCCAUGUGACACUGAGUGCAGCAAGGACAGCAGCGCGAGCCUUAAGCUCAUUUGUGUCGGCCAUCGAUGCAGGCAGAGCCAUCCAGGGAGCCGGCAUCGAUCAGGCUGGCACCUAUGAGACAUUGGGUUUGACUAAGCGUCUUAGAGUGCCUGGACUGCGUUCCUACAAUGAGAAUGAACUGUUCACUUUGGCCUAUAUGCAACAGCAUUGUAGUACGGCCAUUGCGGAUAAGGAUUAUGCCAGAAUUAAGCCGCAUGUUGAGCAACAAUUGGCAGAGCGGUAUCUAUUUAAUGCCUCGUGGCAGCAUAUACAAUUCCUGCCGCACUCAACCAAUUGUGCCGCCUCUGAAGUGAGCUGCUCGAAUUUGCUCUAAGAAAGGAGCUUCUGGGAGCGUCCUUUUGCCUGGGAUACGAAUUAAUUCGAUUUUUGCUUGUUGCCACGUUGUACAAUUCCUUAAGACAUAUAUAUUUAUUGUACUUUUUUUACAUACACAAACACAUACACACACACACACCCACAUACGCACGCACACACUGAUAGACAGACAUACAUAUAUCUACACAAAGACACACUCGCGCACUAGUUACUCUAGAUUUAGAUUUGUAAGAAUUUAAUUUAAAUUACAGCAUAAAUAAUGCGUGUUUUUUUUUUAAUUCAAUGAAUGAAUGAAACCAGCCACUGUUGACAUCACUAACGGAUACCCUAUCCCAUUUCCCUUCUACUCUACACUCUCAAAGACACUCGGAGGAGCACAUUAAAUUUACUCUUUAAAGAAAUUGUACGAGUAGAUUAUAUACUUAUCAUGUAUACGCGCAUACCGAAUGUGUAGUAAGAAAAUGAAAUGAACGAACGAACGAUCUAUUUCAUAGUUUUCUAGUAUGUAAACUAAUUCUAAUAGUUAGUUGUAUAAGUUACAAUGUUACCUACAUGGACCCCCUUGUAUAAAAAUUUGAAUUUAAAUUGUAUUCCAUUGCUUCAGAACAAUUAUAAGAAUGACUUGCUAAUAUAUAUACCUAUACCUAUGAUAUAUGUAUAUAUAUAUAAAUACUUAACAUUCAAA